AUUGUGGGAGGAAGUCAGGGUACCAGGAGUACAUGCAAAUCUACACAACUAGAUUCCAUGUUUGCUGUAAUACCUUUGCUUCCUUUCCUUAAUGAAAUGUAUUUACCUAUAUGACUUACUAACCUGGCCCUACAAUAAAAACACACACAAAUGCAUACACAACAACCUUCUAAAUUCGGUGCUUUUAGAAUACAGUAGCAACUGUCACAUCUAACCUCUUACACUCUAAACAAGUCGUACAAGUUUGCCAACUAUUUAACACUUUGUUUUGUCACCGUAAAGGAGGAGCAGGAAGAGACGGUUUGCGGUAAUUCACUUCACAGAAACUCUGCGACCUGAUGGCAGCGACGUUUGUACACCGUGAGGGUGAUUUGUUGUGUCCACAGUGCUCUGGGAUCUACUGUCUGCCCGUUCUCCUGAAAUGUGGACACAAUAUUUGCAAAAUUUGUCUACAGAAGUUCUGGAAGUGGAAAGGGUCUCGAGAAUGCCCCGUGUGUCGCACUGUGUCGGUCCCAGAGAGGCCUCCUAUCAAUUUGCCGCUAAAGAUAGCUGCAGAGGAAUAUCAACUGCAACAGAGCAGCAAGGAUCAAGAAGUUUGUUUUUUUCACAAAGAGCAGUUGACUUUGUUCUGCCUGAACGAUGACAAGCCCAUCUGUUCUGGAUGCCAGAUGUCAACGCAGCACAAAGUUCAUGAAUGUUGCACCUUGGAAAAGGCUGCUCAACAGAAAAAGACUGAGUUUUCAACCAUGCUGGAGUCUUUCAGAAAGAAACUUAAAAUGCUGGAAAAAACAGAGGUGUGCUGGAGGGAAACAAAAGAGUACAUCAAGACCCAGGCAGAUCAGAAUGAGAAAAUGAUCAAAGAGGAGUUUCAGACGCUACACGAGUUUCUCCAGAAUGAGGAGAUGACUAGACUGCAGACGCUCAGGCAGGAAGAAAAAGUAAAAACACAGGUGAUGUGUGAAAAACUGGAACUCAUCACGAACCAGAUCAAAUGUCUGGCCUCUACCAUCAGUGAAGUUGAAACUGCGCUUAAGGCAAAGGAUUUGUCAUUUUUACAGGAAUACAAGAUGAUGAAAAAAAGGGUCAAGUGCGAUUUCCAAGAGCCAGAGUGUAUCCGAGACAUUCUAAUAAACUCUUCCAAGCAUCUGGGCUUGCUGAAGUUUGGUGUUUGGAAGAAGAUGUCCCAGAUUGUCUACUUUGUUCCUAUUACCCUGGAUCCAAAUACAGCUCAUUUCAACUUGGAGUUUUCUCAAGAGCUGAGUUGUGUGAAAUACAGCAGGAAGCAGCUUCUACCAAACAACAUUGAACGCUGCACCAGUCGUCUGUGUGUGCUGGGAUCGUCUGGCUUCACAUCAGGAAAGAACAGCUGGACAGUGGAGGUGGGCCAGAGCAGAGACUGGUACAUCGGUGUGGCCAGGGAGUCUAUUAAAAGGAAGAAGACCGUCUUCCUCAACCCUUCUGAGGGCUUCUGGGUAAUCGGCCUGACCAAUGGAGACACAAUGUGGGCUCAGACCUCACCUCCGACCAAACUUUGUUUAAAGCUAAUGCCAGAGAAGAUUACUGUAGAACUGGAUUGUGACAAAGGAAAGGUUGUGUUUGUCAAUGCUGCUGACAGGACGACAAUAUACACCUUCAAGGACAAGUUCACGGAGAGGAUUUUCCCCUAUAUUUCUCCUGGGAUCAGUCAGGAGGGAACAAUCUCCAACACGCUGACAAUUCAACCGAUGAACAUGACCAUGAAUUUAGUUUAGACAUCAGCAUUUCUAUAGG